AUGUCAAUCGCCAGUCACAUACCGCAACGCAUUGCGGCAUUCAUGCCUCGACAAAACAUUCUCAUCCCGACGCUAUGCAUCGUCAGUCUUGUCGUUGUAUGGUGUCUGCGCAUCCCCUCGUCGUCAUUGGUAUGGACUAGCUCCAAUGGCGCGCAACAGGUGCCUGUACUUCAUCAACCACCUCCGCAUAGCGAUGUCGACCUCUCCGACCCCGACGCUCCCUUUGUUGGAUGGCCACUGCGCCGUGUAUGCGACGAAACGACCUGGGUAGAUGGGCUGGUAUAUAUUUGCGACAACAACUCAGGCGGCAUUGGAAAUGUUCGAAAUUACAUUCAGACAUGCUUGCGCUAUGCAAUUGAGGCCGGCGCAACUGGCCUAGUUGUGCCCAAGAUUCGCAAGCGAUCCGAGGCCGACCUAGCCGACCUGUUCACUUCCUAUCUCCCAUUAUCCUACAUGUUCGACGAAGAGCACUUCAGAGAUGCCUGGCAAACCUACUGCCCCCGAAUGAAGCUCUACAACGACGUAAUCGACGUGCCCAACUAUCCGAAAAAUCUUGAUGGCAAGCCGCGCAUCGAGGAAAUUGCACCGAAGGACUAUGGCGACCGUAAGGGGUGUGAUUGGAAGGACCAAAACCGCCAUACUGAUCGCUUCGGUGACACAUUCCGCUCUUGGUUGGGAAACGUUACCAACGCCACUCCUCCUUCAAGAGAACAUCCCCGACUUAUUAGAUUCAAAUGGGGUGUCCUCUGGGAUUGGCAGAUCUGGAAGGAUGGACCCGAGUUUGCAACCACUUUCGGUCAUGUGCUCAAGUUCAACAGCCAGCUUCAGCAUCUCGGAAGGACGGCUCUUGCCAACAUGAGGAGCUUUGCGCGAAGCCAGGGAGCUCCGGGUGGGGAGUUUUUGGGUGUGCACCUCCGCACCGAGAAUGAUGCCAUGAACUUUUGGCCUGUCUACGAUGUCCAGGCUCAGGGAUACCUUCGUAAAGCCCAGGAAGGAAAGUUCAAGUCUUCGUACCUCGCAACGGGUAAUAUCACCGAGGCAUACAAGUUUGAGAAGCAGGCCAUGGAAGUUGCCAAGAUGAAAGUUUUGACAAAGCGAGAUCUGUUGACUGGAAAGGACCUAGAGGCACUCAAUGCAUUGACUUGGGACCAGCAAGGGUUGGUUGAUUUUAUCGUUCUGCUUGGCAGCACGUAUUUUGUUGGCACAAUGCCCAGCAGCUUCUCCGUCUACAUGACAUUGAAGAGACAUUUGAAGACUGGUGGUCUGUACACACGACCGUACAAGGCCGGAACCGAUGGUGACGGAUACAGUUAUCUGGUGGGAAGAUACGAGCAGUACUGGGAAGACUGGCUGUUCAUGUUCGAUGGCAUGUGGCCCUAG